AUCCCAUCCAUCCCCCUUCCCCAUCUCCAUCCAUCGCACUACAUUACUGCCAUCAUCCAUUUUAGAAUACUUUGCGACGCCGUUCAAUCUACGACCGCUACAUCAACACUACCCGAGUUAUUUGCCAGCAUCAUCUUCUCCAACUGGGCCGUAAGCGCUGCGGACAAACCACCCAACGCCAGACUUGUUGGUUGGCGGAACAGAAUCUGCACGACGCAGCCUACGCUAUCCAUCCACACCGAGCGAUUUCCAAGCCAUUGGAUUUAUAUUCUCUGCAGUCAUGGAGGACACAUCCUCGACCAAAGUCGACGCUACCCCAGCCAAGCCGUUACAUCCUAGUGCGAUCUAUAAAUCAUGGAAGAAGAAGUAUCGCAAGAUGCGCAUUGUCUUUGACAGGCAGAUGCAAAGUGGCGAGGAGCUGCACAAGAAAGAAGCCAAGGCUGCAGCCAUCGUGAAGCGCUUGGCUGUCGAGAACGACCAACUCCUCGACAUGCUGUUAGAGGUCAACAACUCAGCCCAGAUCCCCUUCGAAAAGCGAAUAGACAUUGCUCUACGACCUCCAUCAGAUUCCGAUCAGCCGAUACUGCCCAUUGACAAGGCAUGCUCAACCCAAAAGGAGGAAGCCCUCCGACGUCUGGAGACGCUUCUUAACGACGUACCACAUACAUCAUACGCGACAGCUAAAGAGAACAACGCUGCAUUCGUGCAAGACCUCGCUGCCGUAACUGGCGAGAUACACCCAGCCAGCUUUCUCUCCGCCGACGACAUCGACGACUACAUCCACGCCCUUGACCAAGUCUUGCCGCCAACCGACAGCCCCAUCCCUACGCUGGCCCCUGCUUCUCGCUCUGGCGGGAUUUCGUCGCAGGCACAAGCACAUGCCAAGAACCCUACUAGCGUUGGCAACUGGCUCCGCAAACAUGCACCCAAGAGCUUCCUCCAAGACGGCGAUAACGACGACGAUAAGGACACUUCGAAACGCUCGCGUGGCGGCAGAUCCGAGCGUUCUGGAAAGACGGCAUCUGGAAAGCCAGGCAAGAGAGGCAGAGCAUCUGAGAGACCGGCUGAUGGCGAUGCAAGCGUGGACGAGGACGCCGACACGAGCCGCGCUCCCAAGGGCUCGCGACCCAACAAGCGCUCCAGCCUCGCUGCAGACAAGGACACUGAUGCCAGUAUGGAUGACGACGGCGAGAACGGUACCCCAGCACCCCGUGGCAAGCGCAAGAGAGAGGAUGACCAAGGAUCCAAGCACAGCAACGGGGCCUCUCGCCCGUCAAAAAAGAAGCGCAAGAGCGAGGGCGAAGGCGCCUAAAUGUGUACUAGUUUGAAGAGACAUUCACCAGCUUGCGGUUGAAAAAGCGUAUUUUGUUUCUUUUCUUUUUUCUAUUUCAGGAUCUGUGGCGGCGGUGCCGACGGCGUAACAUGGGCGAGGAGGAUUGGCUGAGGCUUUGUGCAUGUGUAGUUUUAUAAUAUCUGGCGCACAACGUGGAUACAUUUUGCUAGAUUUCAGGGAUUUCUUGUUUUCGGAAUACAUAUUUCUAUCUUACAUUCCAUUACCCCCUCUGUGACGUUUCUAAGAACCAAAGGACCAGCUUGUACUUGCAGACAAUGAUGGUAUAUUGCUAUAUGCUGUAAGAAAAAAAAAGGAAGAGAAAAGACAGUUAGUUGCUUUGCUUCGACAUGUGUUUCAUGCCUCCAGAUCGUAGUAACAAAUGACACUAUCUAAAUAUAUGCCGGAUCAUCUGUAAAUAUGCCCUCCCAUUUUUGGUAACCAAGAAAACAUCAUCUUUUGUUUAUUUUUAUAUCAAAAAAGUUUUAUUCAUCUUUUACUUAAUUUGGUGCGUUUGCAGAAUCAGCCCGGGGAGAGGAAGUGAUUUACAACUUCUCCUUGAGGGUGUUCUUCAUGCGGCGCUCAACGGCGUUGAGGUACUCGUUGGUGGUGACGUAGUCCUCGCGGCCGUUCUUGCCGCAGGCGAGAGCAAGAUCCUUGGUCAUGAUGCCGUCAAUGUCGACGGUGUCAAUGCAGGCCUUCUCAAGGCUCUCGGCAAAGGCGACGAGCUCGGGGGUGUCGUCGAGCUUGCCACGCUGGAUGAGACCACGGGUCCAGGCGAAGAUGGAGGCAAUGGGGUUGGUGGAGGUCUCGUUGCCCUUCUGGUGUUCGCGGUAGUGGCGAGUGACGGUGCCGUGGGCGGCCUCGGACUCGAAGGUCUUGCCGUCGGGGGUGAUGAGGACCGAGGUCAUGAGGCCGAGGGAGCCGAAGCCCUGGGCAACGACGUCGGACUGGACAUCACCAUCGUAGUCUAAAAGGGGUUAGCUUUACACAGAAGAAGGUGUAUAAAAGGCAAAAAGGGGGAACGUACUCUUAAGGGCCAUGAUGUAGCCACCGCUGCUCUUCAUCAUCUGGGCGACCAUGUCGUCGAUGAGGCGGUGCUCGUACCAGAUCUUCUUGGCCUCGAACUCCUUCUUGUACUGGGUAUCGUAGAGCUCCUGGAAGAUGUCCUUGAAGCGGCCAUCGUACUUCUUAAGGAUGGUGUUCUUGGUGCUCAUGUACAGAGGGUAGUUCUUGUCAAGAGCAAGCUUGAAGGAGGCGUGGGCGAAGCCACGGAUAGACUCGUCGGUGUUGUACUGGGUCUGGGCAACACCACCGCCCUCCUUGAACUGGAAGACCUCGAUCUCCUCGGGCUGGCCGCCCUCGGGAGUGUAGACCAUGGUGAGCUUGCCAGGGCCGGGGAUGACACGGUCCUUGGCGCGGUACUGGUCACCGAAGGCGUGACGGCCGAUGAUGAUGGGCUGCUUCCAUCCGGGGACGAGGCGGGGGAUGCGGGGGAUGACGAUGGGCUCACGGAAGACGGUGCCGCCGAGAGCGUUACGGAUGGUACCGUUGGGAGAGAGCCACACUAGAUGGGAGGACAUUGUGUUAGCAAGACGGGGGAAGAUAG